AUGCAGCGAGAACUACGUCGUAGGCGGAGCGCACCAAGAUCCAAAAUCGUAUUCAAACCAGAAAACUCUCCAUCACAUUUCAAAAGACCAGCUUAUUACCUAAAACAAUUAAGAGAUAACGGUGAUUUUAGGCGAGUUGGUGUCCUACAAUGCGACAUUGAGCUUGUUACGGAUAGCGGUUGCGAAAAUGUGCAUUCAGCUAUAGCGGCUGCUCAUUGUACUAAAAUUGCAAAGCUGCUAGAAAUACGCGAUAUACCAUUACGCAUAGAUGUUCGAGGGUUUCGACCAGAAUCCGUAAAGAGAGUUGUAGAAUGGAUGUAUAGUGGUCAAGUAACAAUUUUCACAGAUCUCAUGGAAGAUCAGAUGACUGUAACAAACUAUCUUGGUGCAGUAUUUCUCCAUCAUCUUCUCGAGAAUACGUUGAAGAGUAUGGCUUCUAAACCUAGCACACGAAUUGAAGCCUUGAAUAUUGCCACCCAUCCAAAAACAGGGGUAUCAUCCGAAACAAUAACAUCUAUACUGCACGAACUUCAUGAAAAGUAUGCGACGUUGUCAUCAGAUGAAAUUAUGGUUACGCUAUCCUCACAAAAUAUACGUCAUCUUGAACUUAUAACAUCAAGCAUUUCAAUAGAUGAUAUGAACAUACGUGAGCUUACUGCUUUUCAACGCACAUUGAGAGCGGUUUUGUUGAAUCCAUCCACCAGAAAACUCGUGACAGUCUCAAUUGAGAAGUCAGGAGUUAUAGCCAUCAAUAUGGAUAGAGAUAAAUACCUCCAUGCAGAAAUGUUUAUGGAAAAGUAA